CAUACACAAACAUGGCGAUAUCACAAGCGGGCAAGAUGCAGUCCUCUCCUCGCUGCUCGUUAUAUUUAUUAUUAUUCCUCACGGUUGCAGGAAUAAACUCGUCGACCCUUCACCUUCACCCGGAGCGGCGCCGCAUGCUGCCGCAAAACAGAGGCUUUUUCACGAUAGAGGCGAAUGAGGAUUUAGCAGACGGAGGUGGAGGAGGCGCCGCGGCUCCUGCGCUGCCUCUGGCCGCUCGCAGUGCCGCUCAAGGCGGGUCGCACUCCGGCUCCUAUCCGCAACAUCGAAGCCGCCGGAGCCCCGGUGAAUCCACCAUGCCGAAGGUGUACGGCCAGGCCAACCUGAACGACUCUCAUAACCAGAUGGUGGUCCACUGGGCUGGAGAGAAGAGCAACGUCAUUGUGGCCUUGGCUCGAGACAGCGCAGGGGCCACCGGGCCCAAAACCAGCUCUGUCUACGUGUCCUACGACUACGGGACCACUUUCACGCUCGUCUCAGACAAGUUCCAGCUUUCAGGGGUUAAAGCGAAGGACGGCAGCAAGCAGGUCAUCUCCCAGUUCUACCACAGCCCUGCAGACAACAGGAGGUACUUAUUUGUGGACUCCACCAAUAACUAUGUGUGGAACACCUUUGACUUCUGCAAGAGCGUCCAGGGCUUCUCGCUGCCCUUCAAACCGACAGACCUGCUGCUCCACAGCCGACGAUCCAACCUGGUGCUCGGCUACGACAGCUCUCACCCGAGCAAACAGCUGUGGAAAUCAGACGACUUUGGGGAGACAUGGGUGUUGAUCCAAGAGCACGUGAAGACCUACUUUUGGGGCGUGGAGCCCUACGACCCCCCCACCACCGUGCUGGUGCAGAGACACGAACCCCAGGGAGUCUCCACUAUACUCAGCAGCACCGACUUCUUCCAGAGCGAACAGAACCGCAGAGUGAUUCUGGAGCAGGUGGACAGCUUCCAGCUCCGAGACAAGUACCUGUUCGCCACCACCACACGGAAGCUGUUUGGAAGUCACGAGCCUUCAUCUGUUUCAGCUCUGGGUCUCCUACAACCGCCAGCCGAUGAAAGCUGCCCAGUUUAUGACCCGACACCCAAUCACAGAGUACUACAUAGCAGACGCGUCAGAGGACCAAGUGUAUUUGUGUGUGUGAACCACCUGAACAACGUCACACACCUUUACAUCUCGGACACGCAGGGCCUGUCUUUCUCCCUGUCCCUGGAAAAUGUUCUGUACUACAGUCCUGAGGGCUCCGGCAGCAACACGCUCAUCAGGUACUUUGCUAAUGAGCCUUUUGCGGACCUGCACCGUGUGGAGGGGCUGCGAGGAGUCUUCAUCGCCACGCUCAUCAAUGGUUCGGUUAGCGAGGACAACAUGCGAUCCGUCAUCACUUUUGAUAAGGGGGGGACGUGGGAGCUGCUUCAGCCGCCUGCUGCCGACAGUCUGGGAGGAACUGUGGACUGCCAGCUCAGUAAAGGUUGCUCUCUCCACCUGGCUCAGCGUUGGAGCCAGCUGUUCAACAUCCAGCUGAGGAGGAUGCCCAUUUUAUCCAAGGACUCGGCACCAGGACUCAUCAUGGCCACAGGAUCUGUCGGCAGGAACUUGGCGAACAAGCCUAAUGUGUAUGUAUCCAGCAGCGCCGGAGCUCGGUGGAGAGAGGCACUCGCAGGCCCUCAUUUCUACACAUGGGGAGACCAUGGCGGUAUCCUGAUGGCGAUCGCUCAAGGAGGCUCCACCACACAUCUCAAGUUCAGCACCAAUGAAGGCGAGACGUGGACGGACUUUAAGUUCUCGGACAGGGAGGUGUACAUCUACCAGCUGCUGACCGAACCCGGAGAGAAGAGCACCAUCUUCACCAUCUUUGGCUCCUACGCCGACCAGAGACACAGCUGGCUCAUCCUGCAGGUCAACACCUCCGACGUCCUCGGUGUGCCGUGCUCUGACGCUGACUACAAGCGCUGGUCUCCGUCAGAUGAGCACGGCAACGAGUGUCUGCUGGGCAGAGAGGUGACGUUUAAGAGACGAGCGCCCCACGCCACGUGUUUCAACGGAGAGGACUUCGACCGGCCCGUCACCAUCUCGAACUGCUCCUGCACACGGCAGGAUUACGAAUGUGACUACGGCUUCAAGCUGAGCGAAGACUUGUCUCUGCAGGUGUGCGUGCCCGACCCCGAGUUCCUGGGAGACCUCUACGCUCCUCCGGUGCCGUGUCCUGUCGGUACCACCUACCGCCGCAGCAAAGGCUACAGGAAGGUACCGGGCGACAGCUGCAGUGGAGGAGAUGUGGAGUCCCGGCUGGAUGGAGAGAUGCUGCCGUGUCCUGUCGGAGAGAGUAACGAGUUCAUCCUGUACGCCGUGAGGAACUCCAUCCAUCGCUACGACCUGGCCACGGGCACAGACCAGACUCUGCCUCUGGCCGGCCUCAGGGAGGCCGUGGCUCUGGACUUUGACUACGACAGGAACUGCCUGUACUGGGCGGACAUCUCACUGGACACCAUACAGCGUCUGUGUCUGAACGGCAGCACGGGUCAGGAGGUCGUGGUGAGGAAGGAUCUGCAGAACGUGGAGGCUCUGACCUUUGACCCCAUCAGCAGACUGCUGUACUGGGUUGACGCUGGAGCGCAGAAGAUUGAGGUGUCGAACCCUGACGGCGACCUGCGUCACACUCUGCUCAACUCCUCCAUCCUGGAGCAUCCCAGAGCUCUGGUUCUGCUGCCUGGAGAGAGGGUAUUGUGUCGUGUCUAG